CAGGAAAUAACCUUGUGAUCUCUGGACAUCUUUAGCGGGUAAUGGGAAUGUUUGAUAUGUAUGAGGUGAAGGACCUUUUGAGACAUUUUGAUCAUAUCAGUCGUGUGUCUGUUGUCGCCAUGGAUCAUUCCAGAAGAUCAUCACUGUGAGACACGGUGUGACGAGCAGCAACCAUGCAACUUCUCUUUUUUCUUCAGGGCCUUUUGGCUGUCCUGCACACCACACAUGCAGUCGACUUGCAGUCGUUGAUAACAACUGUGCUGCAGCCGUUCAUUGACCGUAAUAAUGAUUCAGAGGCUGCAACCACCCAACUGUCAUCUACCAACAGUCCUGCACCUUCCACUUUUUCCACAGCACCCAAACUGACAUCCCAGAUGCCCAGCACAGUCGACCGUCCGACUACAGAGCCCAGAACAGCCUUGUCAUUGCCUGACGGAAAUAGCUCAAAUAUCACAACCGACGUAACAACUACGAAGACAUCGUCAUCGUCAUCACCGGCGGCGCCAGAAGGCUCCACCCAGCGUGUGUUGACAGCCACCGCGACUGUGACAGAAGAACACGUGCCUGUGACGAGCACAUUCCUUCCUUCUGCAGGGACAGAGAACAAAGAAUUGACAGUGACCGCAGAGACAGAAAAUGUAAUCCAAAGCUCAGAGACUCCAGGUUACUUCUCAACUACUGUCAAAGCUAAUGGACCAGCUUCAAAUCAACCUGAACACACAAAUACACCCUGGCCUCAAUCUACUACGUCCUCCACUUCCACAAUAGACAUUAGCUUAAGUUCCUCCAGCAGCAUUACCACUCAACAGACAUCCAACAGCGAAACUCUGACCACAGAAAUUGAAUCUACAAACUCUCCUACACUCAUAAACGACAAAUUAGUGCCCGAAUCAAGCCCGACAACACACCUUACCUCAGCUUCCGCUCCUUCAGAAUCUGCAAGUGUGGAGAUGCUGACCACAACCACUAAGGUACACCCUUCAACAUAUACUUCUGCUAGCAACACACCUCCAUCCACUGCAUCAGCAUCAGUGUCAGCAACUCAAAUUCCAUCAUCUUCAACGCCAACUAUCAGCUUGCACACAACCACCAAAUCCAUAAUCACAGUGUUGACCGAAAAUCAAUCACCAGUUGUCCCUGGAACAACAAUUACUGUGACAAACUUGCCAACCCAAGUUGCAGUAGAAGGCUCAGUCCCAGCCUCAGCCCAGGUAUCCACAGCAGCAGCAGUUACCGACCAUUCAACUAUCACCAAAACUACAUCAACAACUAAAACAGCUGCUUCACUUGCAACAUCUGUACUUACCCAAACAACUGCCCAGAUUCCAGCAACCGACAACAGCAUUGCACCCUCCACAGGUGCUGCAUCAUCUGCAAUGACAACCGUGCCAUAUCAAUCCAUGGCACAGCUGACAUCAGGCGUGACAUUUUCAAAAUCUCAAUACAAAACAACUGCUUCUAUACACACAAAUGGUUCUCCACUGGAGUCAAACACACACAUAUCUACCACCCAAACAAAAACAACCAUAACCCCAUCUCAACUGAAAACAUCCCCAGAUGCUGCUCACAUGUCAGGUUCUUCUGAAGGCACAAUCACAAAUAUACCAGUAUCCUCUCCAACAUUAUCUCAACUAACAACAUCUACUGCGGUGGACGUUGUAACUGACUCAACAAGUACGUCUGUGACUACAUUCACAACACAACCAACAACCGCAACACCAACAUCUGUCCCUCCAGCUUCAGCAUCUACAACUGUAUCAACCGCACCCCAGCUUACUACUCUGACACAAGAAAAACAUACAACUAAGAACUCUCUUUCAAAAUCUGCAACAUCAACUUCUAACUCAAAUGCCCCUGUUGCAGGCAAUUAUACCUCUGGGGCAUCUGAAGAACCAUUCACACCAACAGCUUUCUCACCACCUGAUGGAACAACUAUUUCAUCACAGCCAAGCACAGCCUCAGUUGCUGCAAAUAUGGCUGUAUCCUCAGAGGAAACAAGUAAAUCAAUAUCUGUGACCUCUACAGAAUCGCCAGUGAUGUCUACAGAUUCCUUAAUUACAACAUCUUCAAAUUCCCCUGCAGCCUACACAUCUAAUUUUCAACCCUCACCAUCUCAAGCACAUGAAUCGUCUCAAUAUACUCGGACUUCAGCCCAAAUGGUUUCUCUACAACCUACAGCAAUACUAACCCAGGCAGCCCCCCAGGAUUCCUCCACUGACAAUGUCAUUACAUCAUCCACAAGUGCAGCAUCAGCGGCAAUAAAAACUGCAUAUCAAUCCACAACUCCGCAGACAUCAACAGAUACACGUACACAAGCCCGAUCUACAGCAACUGUUUCUGCACAUGCAAAUGAUUCUCCUAUGGACUCAACCACAAAAACACCUGCCACCCAAACAUUAUCAUCCAAAACCCCAUCACAAUUAACAACACCCCUAGGCACUGCUAACAUAACAGGUUCUUCUGAAGGUGGAAACACAAAUGUUCCAGAAUCCACUACAACACCACUCCCAUUAACAACAUCUACUCCAGGUGAAGUUAUAAUGGACUCACCAAGUACAUCUGUGCUUACAUCAACAAAGCAACCAACAACAGUAAUGUCACCAUCUGCUGUAUCACAUACCACUCCAGCUUCAGCAUCUACAACUGUAUCAACCACACCCCAGCUUAACACUCACUCCACAGAUGCAGCAUCAGAUGCAAUGACAACACACAUCAAUCCACAUCAAUCCAUGACUCAGCUGACAUCAACAGUCCCAUUUACAAAAUCCCAAUUUACAACAACUGUUUCUACACACACAAAUGAUUCUCCCAUGGACUCAACCACACAAACAUCUACCUUCCAAACAAAAACUUCAAACACCCCAUCACAACUAACAACAGCAAUAGACACUGCUCACAUAACAGGCUCUUCUGAAGUCACAAACACAAACUCACCAGUAUCCUUUUCAAUAUUCUCUCAAACCUCACCUGGCUCAACAAAGAAUUCCCCAAUUGAAUCUGUGCUUACAUCCACAAAGCGAUCAACAACAGUGAUAUCACCAUCUACUGUAUCACAUAUCGCUCCAGCUUCUGCAACUACAACUAUAUCAACCACACCCCAGCUUACCCCUCUGACACAAGAACAUCCUACAUCAAUGCUAACCCAGGCAGACUCCCAAGACUCCUCCACUGCCAAUACAAUAGUAUCAUCCACAGAUGCAGCAUCAGCUGUAAUGACAACUGUGCAACAUCAAUCUAUGACUCAGCUGACAUCAACAGUUACAUUUUCAAAAUCCCAAUUUACAACAGCUGUUUCUGCACACACAAAUGAUUCUCCAAAGGACUCAACCACACAAACAUCUACCACCCACACAAAAACUUCUAACACCCCAUCACAACUAACAACAACAGUAGACACUGCUCACAUAACAGGCUCUUCUGAAGUCACAAUCACAAACCUACCAGUAUCCUCUCAAACAUCCCCUGGCUCAGCAAUGGAUUCCCCAAGUACAUCUAUGCCUACAUCCACAAAACAAUCAACAACAUCACUAUCUGCUGUAUCACAUACCACUCCAGCUUCAGCAACUACAACUGUAUCAACCACACCCCAGCUUACCCCUCUCACACAAGAACAACCUACAUCAAUGCUAACCCAGGCAGACACCCAGGAUUCCUCCACUGGCAAUACCAUUAUAUCAUCCACAGGUGCAGCAUCAGCUGUAAUAACAACUGUGCCACAACAAUCCAUGACUCAGCUGACAUCAACAGUCCCAUUUACAAAAUCCCAAUCUACAACGGUUUCUGCAAAAAGUAUUUCUGAUUCUCCAAUGGACUCAACCACACAAACAUCUACCACCCACACAAAAACGUCUAACACUCCAUCACAACUAACAACAACAGUAGACACUGGUCCCACAACAGGCUCUUCUGAAGUCAAAAUCACAAACCUACCAGUAUCUUCUUCAAUAUUCUCUCAAACAUCACCUGGCUCAGCAAUGGAUUCCCCAAGUACAUCUAUGCCUACAUCCACAAAGCAAUCAACAUCACCAUCUGCUGUACCACAUACCACUCCAGCUUCAGCAACUACAACUGUAUCAACCCCACCCCAGCUUACCCCUCUCACACAAGAACAUCCUACAUCAAUGCUAACCCAGGCAGACCCCCAAGAUUUCUCCACUGACAAUACUACAGUAUCAUCCACAGAUGCAGCAUCAGCUGUAAUGACCACUGUGCAACAUCAAUCUAUGACUCAGCUGGCAUCAACAGUCCCAUUUACAAAAUCCCAAUCUACAACGUCUGCUUCUGCACACACAAAUGAUUCUCCAAAGGACUCAACCACACAAACAUCUACCACCCACACAAAAACUUCUAACACCCCAUCACAACUAACAACAACAGUAGACACUGCUCACAUAACAGGCUCUUCUGAAGUCACAAUCACAAACCUACCAGUAUCCUCUCAAACAUCACCUGGCUCAGCAAUGGAUUCCCCAAGUACAUCUAUGCCUACAUCCACAAAACAAUCAACAACAUCACCAUCUGCUGUAUCACAUACCACUCCAGCUUCAGCAACUACAACUGUAUCAACCCCACCCCAGCUUACCCCUCUCACACAAGAACAACCUACAUCAAUGCUAACCCAGGCAGACACCCAGGAUUCCUCCACUGGCAAUACUAUAGUAUCAUCCACAGAUGCAGCAUCAGCUGUAAUAACAACUGUGCCACAACAAUCCAUGACUCAGAUGACAUCAACAGUCUCAUUUACAAAAUCCCAAUCUACAACCGUUUCUUCAAAAACUAUUUCUGAUUCUCCAAUGGACUCAACCACACAAACAUCUACCACCCACACAAAAACGUCUAACACUCCAUCACAACUAACAACAACAGUAGACACUGGUCCCACAACAGGCUCUUCUGAAGUCAAAAUCACAAACCUACCAGUAUCUUCUUCAAUAUUCUCUCAAACAUCACCUGGCUCAGCAAUGGAUUCCCCAAGUACAUCUAUGCCUACAUCCACAAAGCAAUCAACAACAUCACCAUCUGCUGUGCCACAUACCACUCCAGUUUCAGCAACUACAACUGCAUCAACCACACCCCAGCUUACCCCUCUCACACAAGAACAACCUACAUCAAUGCUAACCCAGGCAGACCCCCAAGAUUUCUCCACUGACAAUACUACAGUAUCAUCCACAGAUGCAGCAUCAGCUGUAAUAACAACUGUGCCACAACAAUCCAUGACUCAGCUGACAUCAACAGUCUCAUUUACAAAAUCCCAAUCUACAACUGUUUCUGCAAAAACUAUUUCUGAUUCUCCAAUGGACUCAACCACACAAACAUCUACCACCCAAACAAAAACUUCUAACACCCCAUCUCAACAAACACCACCACUAGGCACUGCUCACAUAACAGGUAAUUCUGAAGGCACAAACACAAAUCCACCAGGAUCCUCUCCAACAUCACUCCCAUUAACAGCAACUACUCCAGUUGAGUUUGCAAUGGACUCACCAAGUACAUCUGUGCUUAUACCCACAAAGCAGUCAACAACAAUAACACCAACAUCUGCUGUAUCCCCUAUCACUCCAGCUUCAGUAUCUACAACUGUAUCGACCACAACCCAGCUUACCACUCUUACACAAGAACAACAAACAACCAAGUCCUCUCUUUCAACAUCUGCAAAAUCAACUUCUAACUCAAAUGCCACUGUAGAAGGCAACUAUACCCCUGGAACACCUGCAGAAUCAUCCACAAUAAACAUGUUCACAUCACUUGAAACAACGACUACUUCAACACAGCCAACCACAGGAUCAGUUUCUGAAAACAUAGCUGCAUCUUCAGAAGAAACAAGCAACCCAAUUUCUGUUGUCUCUUCAAAAUCACCAGCAACAACAAAACCAAGUAUGUCAAUGUUAACAGAGAAAAGUCUAACCACGUCACAGUUGAUGACAAUCCCGCUCUCUACAACUUCAAAUAGUUUAGCCACACAAAUGCCCACCAAGACAAAACCAUUCUCCAUGGCUACUACUACAAGUCACAUUGCACUGCCUACAUCAAAACCAACAGUGCAUUCUACAUCAAGUAUUUCAAAUGCUGCUGCAGGAAACACAGUGCAGCAAAGUUCAAGUCCUAUACAACAACCAACAAAUAACACAACUCAAAUGACAACCACUGAAGCUCUAUCCAAAGCUGUGACACCAAUACAGACAACAGCGAGUUCCUCUUCAAAAUAUGCAAUUUCUGAAACAGGCCAAGCUCAUUCCAGCAAAGUCAGCAAACAGACUUGGGCCACAUCUAUGUCAUCCAUCUCUGGGACGACCACGUCAGCAAUGAGCCAAACGGCUCAAUCACUCCCCACAGCAUUACAGAUCACCACUGAAGAGAACAUAAAUAGACAAACUGUAACCACACUAUCAACAAUUAUGCCAAGCAGCUCAGCCAAUGCACAACAGUCAGCAGAGCUGUCUCCCAAAACUACUUCUGUUUCAGUUUCAUCAUCAUUACCUAUGUCCACUACGUUUUUGCAAACAUCAGAACCAACUAAAGCACAAUCAUCAGGUACAGCUCAAACAUCUACAGAGGCAUUUUCUGGUGCCAUCAACACAGUUUCACAACCGUCAUCCCAAUCAGCUAAAUCAGAUCUCACUGUGAAAAUAACAGCAGUACACAUUCAAUCACACGAAGUUUCUCAGCCAAGUACAGCAUUAAUGACCACAAGUGAAGCAACCAAAUUAAAACCUAUGACAUCAGAGAACACUGCAGUGUCAUUGCCUACUAAACUUACUGCAACACCAAUGACUGUAGAUGCCUCAAUCACCUCACCAACACAUGGCCUUACCAUCCCAGACUCUGCAUCAAGUGUAACUCCAACAUAUGACCAAACGUUAUCACAGUCAACCACAACACAAACAAUAUUGACCACCACGACCACUCCUAUACAAUUAAAAUCUACAACUACACAAUCAGCAACUAGAACUUCCACUAAUAUAUUCGACAGCAGUACAUCAACACAACAUGUAUCUACAACUGGGUCAACUAUUCCAGAUUCUGCAUCAAGUGUACCUCUAACAUCUGACCAAAAGUCAUCAGAGUCGACCACAACCCAAAGAGUACUCACUACCACGAUCACUUCAACACAGUUCACAACAGCGACUACAUCAUCAGCAAAUACUGUAGACAAUAGUGCAAACAACAGCUCAGACAGCCCCACACAAUCAACACCUGAAACAACACAAGUUUCAACUGCAGCUUCAAAAAACACUUCAGUUACCAAUACCUCCCCUUUCUUACCAAAUCCUCUCACUGAACAGUUGGUCACUAGUGUAAGACCUCAACCUACAUCUUCAUCAGUGAAUAAAACCUCGGAUCCUUCAAAAGAACCAUCAGCCACGCCGUUACUUACAACUGCUCCCCCAGAACUUUCAACAGUGACCACACCCAUAGUUUCAUCAGUUCGGUCACCAAUAACAGCAACAACAGUGCUAGACCCUACAGACGUGACCACAGCUAAAUCCAUCAAUAUAAACACCACGUCACUUCCUGCAGGACCAACAGGGUCUGCAGCAGCAGCUACAGAUGGGGGUUCAACCUCUCAAACUCAGCAAGGAGCUAUAAAUGGAUCACCUGCCUCGAUGGUGGCCACCACUGUUGGGCCAGGAACAACAUCAAUGUCCAUAGCAGGAGCUUUCAGUAGCACCAUGCAGCACCCAGAACUUGAGUCUACAAGUGUCACCAAGAAGCCUGGUGUCAGUUCUGUACCAAGUCCACUUCCACAAACAGGGGACUCUUCUUCACAGUCAACAACUACAACCACUUCUUCACCACCAACAGCCACAGCAACCACCAGCCCUUUGCUUUCACGUUCGACAUCUUCCACUGAAGGGUCACAGGUGUUUACAACAAAGCCCACAGAACCCCUGACAACCAGCAGCAUGUCAGCAUACACAUCCCCUCCUAAUGUGGUCCCAUCAACCGCAGGCACAGACUCAGCAGCAUCAUUCUCGUUCACAAAUGCAGCUUCAGUCAACAGAACAACACCAAAAUCAAGUGAUAUAUCUCUGUCAAAAAGACCUACUAGUUCUAUCUCAACAGCAGUUACAUACAACACAACCCACACCUCAACUGAGCCCGUCACAUCAUCAUCAUCAUCAUCAUCAUCCUCAUCCUCAUCAUCAUCAUCAUCAUCGUCAACAACAACAUUAUCCUCCUCCUCCUUCUCCUCCUCCUCUUCUAUGCAUUAUGAGUCAUCCACUACAAGCCAGAAUGUCGGAUUGUCUUUUACACAAGAAACCACAAUCCAAAUGCACAAUACCAGCCAAUCAGAACUCAAUACAACAUCCCAAAAUUCCAUGCAAACAACAAUCACUGGUGGUCCUGACGUUGAAAAUCAAACAAACACAAUCACAAACCCCAUUAAAGUAUUCUCCUCAUCAGGGACAUCCUCACCACCCCAGGAUUCAGUCACAUCUUCAACUGGGAACAUAAACGAAUCACAGAACACUGUAGUCACCGAACAUAUAACACCUCCCCAUGCUACUGCCACCUUAACUCAAAAAUCCACAACAGGCAUGACUGCUUCAGUUGUUCCAACAUCAGCCCUGCCAUUCGUUGCCACGUCCACAUCUAACAGCUCAUCACUGUCCAGCACAGGAACAUUAAGUCUGUCACUAACACUUACAACCAAUGCGCCAACAGAAAACAGUGCACCUGGCUUAACGACAACACCGCUAGUACAACCUAUCAGCACAGCGACAACUGAGAAUAGCAAAGCAACAUCAAAUAUCAGCAGUUCGACCCACUCUUCUGGGCCAUGGACUCAAAAUACACCGCAAAUGAAUGUUACAGAAUUCCAGGCCAACAUUACAGUAGACCCUGACCUCACAACUGCAGCUAAUUCCUCCUCACAAUUCACUGCAUCUCCCACGUUCGAAUUGUCUGCUGUUGUGGACAGAUCUUCUGUCAGUCCUACCACAGAGGGUGAUUUCAGUCACACUACAGAUCAAAACCCAGAAACUAUCACUCUACCAGAGUCCUCAGAAAGCCCUCCUCCUACUCCAUCUGUAAAACGAGCCAUUGUGUUCAUCAGUCUGGAACCUAUGAUCAAGCCCAUAACAUUUGAGAACCCAACAGUGUCCAAGUCUACAUUUAUUAUUCCCCAGGAUAACCAACAUAAUAGCCAACAGGCUGCAACAAGCAGCUCCUCAACAUAAACCUGUGGUAUAUGAAAGCAGCUCUGAGAUAAUAACGAGAUAUUAUCUCAUAAUUACGAGAUAUUGUAUAUUACAUAUUGUAAAAACAUUUUUUGGAAGAUAUUUUUUUUAUUCUUAUUCUUUUAACAUACUGUAUGUGUAUUAUCUUGAAAUAAUGAGAUAUUGUCUUGAAAUAAUGAGAUAUUAUCUUGAAAUAAUGAGAUAUGAUCUUGACAUAACAAGAUAAUAUCUAAAAAAUGUUAUUCACUUGCGGUUCAGGGCUUCCGAAGCAUUUACUGUAUUUUAAACAAUAAAUAUUUCUCCAGGAGAUAUAUAGCCUGCCCUGAGCACUUUUCUUUUUUUUUAUGUAGUGUGUAUUGUGUAAUGAAUGCUCAGUAGUGUAAAAAUUGUUUUUAACAAUUGUGAAAAACUGUAAUGAUGUGUGUUUGUCUGCAAGCACAUCCUUGACUGAGAUGGCUUUCAGAAAUGAAGAUACAUAAAUGUAGAUAACUGUACGUGUAGAGGUACAAAGGUGUGUCACUGGGACAGUAGGCCUACCCUCAGAAGUACAAAAUGGUGCCCCUAACGAAGAUGCACAUUUGUACCAUUAUAGUUUGUACCCUUUGAUGGCAAAAAGGUACAACCUAAGGUGGAAAUCAUUUUUCAUUAACCCAUUCCAAAUAUCACUAAAAUAUCUUAAAUGACAAACACAUGACACACAAACACAUGACUUUAUGUUCUAUGCAUCACAGACCACAGUAGACAGUGGUACAUAAACCAGUCAGUUUUGCCUUAGGCACAACCAGUUAUCAACACUGUUUUUUUCAGGAGCUGGUAUCUCAUCUGGCUUUAUUGUGGGUUUGACACAACUUCUGAUAUGAGUAAUUUUACAGAUAUUCACUACACGCCUCUUCAGAGUGCUGCAUAAAUUUCUUAUAUAAUUACCACUACAAGGUAUAAUGACCGUUGUCAAUGGCAAUACGUUUUGUGCUUUUGAUUAACCUCUUUCAUACCAUUCCACAAGAAGUCAUUUCACUUACUGCAAUGUGAUUUCAUUGAAAGUGAAAGUCAGUUGGUAAGAUGUUGCCACGCCACACCUGGCUGAAACUGUCAAGUUCUACAGUAUCUGUGUGGCAAACUAUUUAUUUUGUCGGUGGAAGCCACGAAACGGUAGCCAAGUCAUUUUUAAAGACAUAUUGUGUCAAGUUUCUUUCACCAAUGCGCAGCGAGUUGGACAAUACAUGUAAAUGUAGAAGAUUGAUCCUAGUUAGUUCAGACUGAGGCAAAAUGCCAAGUCUAAUGUAAUAUAUUGGUAAAAUCUAUUCUCUAAUCAAAUACCAAGAGCGAGAUCUUUGCUUGUUGUUAUUUAAGUUGGACUUUGUGUUGAUCUUACAAGCUGAUGGAAACAUAAACUCAGUUAAUAUGUUUCUAUUUGUGCGGUGCACAAUAUGUACAGAACAGAAGAUAUUCCAUGUUAAAACUGAUCAAUCAAAUAAGUGGAGUCAAAUCCUUUGUUAGUUUACGCAAACCUGGCAAAUAAAGCUGAUUCUGAUUCUGAUAUAUCAAAUAAGCAAAAUUAACAUAUCUCUGGUAUGUGUGUCUGUUUCCAAGUCAGAAGGAAGUACAAACAGUCCUUGUUACACACCUACUGUAUGCCAAGCUGAUCACAGUGUAGCAACUGUGUGCCACAAGGGGAAAAGAAACCAUGAAUGUUAUCUCUUUAUGCAAUGUUUGCUACUUUCUCAAGUCACAUUCCAAUUUGUUAUUACAUAGGUAGAAAGAAAAAAAACUGGGGCAAACUAUCUUUAUGUAUGGGGUCAGUGUAUUUCAGGACUUGUGCCAGGCCAUUUUGUUGCUGACACUGCCCAUUCUUGCAUUUUUACCACCAUUAACCACUGUCUUGUGAAUUUAAAAUGUAAUCUGUAUUUCCUAAUAUUUGCUUCAUCUGGAAUAAAAUGCUAAAUGUCA